AUGCGGCAGGGAAAAAUGGAAGAUUUACUGGCGCCCACUCGGGUCACUCGACGAUCAACGGGACUACAGCUCAAUGAGUAUAGUGACGGAAGCAUGGACGUCACUUGUUGUUUCGGUCACAUCUAUCAUGACCUUGAUCCAACUACUUUAAAGUUAAAUGAAAGACAAUGCGGCGUGCUUCGAAAACUUAUUGAACAAAACGUAUUCGUUACUGAUAUUUGUGCUCAAAUGAAGAAAGAAUACCCGCCAAUGAAUCGCCUCCAUUACACGUCUCAAAAUGAUGUAAGAAAUCUUGCUAUUCGACUGGGAUUGUCAAUUCGGAUAGGAAGGAAGAAGACAUUACGACGUAGCACUAAUUAUAACGAUGAAGAAUACGCUGAGAACUUGCUGAAUGAGAAAGGCAGCACAGUGAUAUCGGACGGUUACCCGGCGCUUCAUUCAUAUCCAGUAGAUGAGUAUGAUAUUGAAACUAACGAUCGAAGUGAUGAGGACUCACAUAUGUUCGAAGACUUCAGCAGCUCCUUAUGGAAGCCACCAGUUCAAAGUUCAGUUUCGCUGGACUAUACAGAGAGUGGUCGUCCACCAAGGGUGAAACGUCUACCUCGUAGAUUUAUGGACGACUCAACCAGAAUUAAGCACAAAUAA